GAAAACUCAUGUCUAUCUUGAUAAUUAUGUUCAACACAUGAGUUUUCCAAAAACAGGAAACCAAUCAAAGGCUUUUCCUGGAAAAACUGCAUUAGAAAUUCUCUUGGCUCUGCAAGAAAAAGGAGAAGGAAAUGUUGAAAUAGAUAACCUGUACAAAGAGGACGUUGAGAAGAGCGAUACAUUCACUGAGCUGCACUUAUGUAGAUGCAACAAUGAUGCAGAGAAGGCUGUGGAGAUUGUUCUAAACGAGGGUGUAGAUAUAAAUAUACCAGGAAAAAGCAACCGUACACCUUUGUUGUGGGUAAGUCUAUCAUCCUCUGGUGAGUUUAUUCAGACCCUUAUUGAUCUUGGAGCUAACGUUAAUGUUCAGAGGACAGACGACAAGACUACACCUUUGAGAUUAGCAACUACUUGGAACAACUACAUGGCCGCGGACAUCCUGUUGAGGCAUGGAGCUGAUGUGAAUAUUCAAGAUGUAGACGGAUGGACUCCAUUGGAAUGCGGUGUAAGCAGUGGAUUUCUAAGUAUAUCCCAGCUUCUGGUUGAUUGCGGAUGCGACAUUAACUUACGGAACAAGUAUGGAAAAACCUCGCUUUACUUGGCCGUCAAACUUGAACAUAAGCACUUAGUCAAAUGUUUACUUGAAAGCAACGCUGAUGUGAAUAUGAAAUACAAGGAGAAUGCAGGUGAAAGAAUUUACCUCGUUCGUGGAAAGGACAGAGGAAAACCAGUCUGGCAUUAUCUUCUUGUACAGAAAGCUCUUUUGCCCUUGUUCUUGAGGAAGAUUAAACUCAACGUUACAGACUUUGGAAAAGUCCUCAAAUCUGGAUGGGGAAAGGACCCUCCCGAGAGCGUUAGAGAGGAAAUUACAGAGACAGGAAACGCCUUCCAUGGCAUUGACAGCUUUACAGUACUUCAUUUUGCGAGUAAGAAUGAUAGUCCCGAGAUUAUAGAUCUUCUGGUGAAGCACAAUGCCAAUAUAAACGGAUGCGAUGGAGAUGGCUUUACGCCUCUGCAUUUAGCAGCGAUGCAUGGUAAUGUUCAAGUUGUAAAAAAGCUGGUUGAACUCAACGCUGACGUCAACUUGAAAGUGGAUGGCACUGAUGCAGCUGAUUUGGCGCAUAUGAACGAAGAAAUAGAAAUUAAGGAAUUUCUAAAAUCUAAUAGCAGCUCACCUUUAAAGACUUAGGCAUUUAAUCGGUGCAAAGUCGUUCGGAUUCAAAACGCACCAAAAGAGACAGAACGUGGCUUUAGAUUCGUCGAGGAAAAUUUAAGUUAAUUCAUCCCGAAUACUAAAAUGGUAGAUGUUUCAAUUCAUGGUUUUUGUUUUACAUCUAGUCAGCGCACCUAAAAAGUGUUUGUUAGACAAAAUUUGGAAUAGCUUCUGAAUUCGAACGCAUUUGACCAUCGAUAAAGUUGGCAUUCAGUCCGUCUGACGCUAUUACUUUCAAUAUUGACAGUUUUCUUAUAAUUUCGACUGGUGAAAUUUAAACAGUAUUUAGUAAAACACUGAUAAGGCCAAGGACCUUGGCAAAUGAGCAGCUGAAUGUAAAAAAUGCGGUUUUACACUAAUCCUUUGUACAUAUGGUAAAGUUUUUUAAUUAUCCUAGCUUUCGUAAGUGAAUUGACAUAUCAGU